CGAAGUAUUGUCGCGCUGAGUUUAUUAUCAUUCAUGUAGCGCACUGUUCAAAUCACCUUGUAUUGUUUCCCGUGCGGUAAUAAUUGUUACCUCUUGGCUCCACUGUUAGGUGUAAGUAAAUUAUGAGCUCCUACUUAGGGGCAAGCUCUCUUUUGUCUCAUGUUGAUAUGGCAGCGUCCAGAGCCCCACAUCAAUGAGGUAUUUCCAGUUAAUUGUUUCAACAAAUUACCGGUAAACUUCUUGGCCAUCUUAAAGACUUUCUGGUUUUGGGAGUUAUAUUCCCAUAAUUUAAGGUCGUAAUGAUUUGGUUCAAUGAAUAAAAAAUUAGCUGAACUCGACGAAGUUUACAAACUGGGCCAAAUAUUGUCACGAAUAUUCACUGUUAACUGCUUCUGUCUCUCCAACUGCAUAUAGAAAUGGAGACUUUUGCAUCAUACAUUUCAGAAAGGCUGGGUACGGAUGUUGUGGCUGUUCGUCUACUUUUAUCCAUGUUCAUGGGUUAUCCUAUCGCUUUUGUAUACAACAUGAAGGCAAGCUCGUGGAAAAUUUCCUAUCGACAUCUUUACUUGUUUACCUGUGGUGUCCUUUUGUUCCUGUGGAAUUUUGGUUUUGAUAUUGUGCAUAUGUUUGUUGGGAUUUUCGCGACACUGUUUGUUAAUUAUUUGUUUAUGCACUCGAGAACUGCCGUCACCUUUGCUUUCGUGUUCAAUAUGGGAUAUUUAAUUAUCGGCUCUCAUAUAUGUAACCGAGGUACCUAUGAUAUAAAUUGGACAACACCGUAUUGUGUUCUUUGUUUGCGAAUGAUUGGACUAUCAUGGGAUUUGUAUGAUGCAUCUAAAACAGAAAGUCAACGUUCGGUUUCUCAAAGAAAGUCAGCUUUAUCUAGAUUUCCUGGAGUAUUGGAGACAUUAGCUUUUUCUUUUACUCCGACAGCUUUUCUUACUGGACCCCAAUUUCCCAUGCGACAUUUCCAAGCAUUCAUUGAUGGAUCAUUAAGGCCAGUAGUCCACUUAAGAAAGAGCACAUUUAAACACCGUUUAAUCUAUAAUGCCAAGUUCCAUCGGACAUUGAAUCGCUUGGUAUUGGGAUAUUUUGGCGUAAUUGUUUUAUCGAAAUGGUUCGCAAUGUACCCUGCCGAUAAAAUGUUAACUGAUGAGUUUCAAUAUGAAUGGAGUUUCUUUUCACGUCUGCUUUACAUGAUGAUAUUUGGACAGUUAACGUUAUUACGUUAUGUAUCAAUCUGGCUAAUAGCUGAAGGUUCUUGUGUUUUAAUUGGGCUUGGAUGUACUGGUUUUGUUCAUAUUAGAUCUAAAGGAUCUAUUCAACUUCCCGAUUUUAUAACAAAUAAGGAUUCUGACACGCUUACACGUGACGGUCCUGUUUUAAAACGUCGGGAUUCUGCUGUGGAUUGGUCUCUUGUAGAAAACUAUAUCAAAUCCCAUGCAGAACUUUAUGAUCCUGCACAAAUGAUAGUACGUGAAGCUCCUCAUACAGCCUGUGCAAAUAUAUCUUUAAAACGAUAUAUUUUCGCAACAAAUACUGACGAUCUUGUCGCUGGUUUCAACAUCAAUACCAACAGAUGGCUUUUAGAUUAUGUUUAUAAACGCUUACGUUUCUUGGGCAAUAAAAAUUUAUCUCAAAUAAUAUCAUUAUUAUUUUUGGCACUUUGGCAUGGCACAUACAGUGGCUAUUAUGUCAAUUUUGGAAUAGAAUUAUUGGUAGUGACAGUUGAAAAAGAUUUUUUAUCCAUACUGAAGAAUUCAAAAUACAAUCAUUUCUUUUAUAAAACGUUUACUGGACGUGUAAUCAGCAGUGUAUGUGGCAAACUUCAUAUUUAUUUUAUUCUGUCCAGUUCGAUGGUAGCGUUUUAUUUGUUAAAAUUUCAUCUAUGGUUCCCUGCAUUGAAAUCAAUUUAUUUCAUUGGUUUAUGGUAUGUAUUUUGGCCAUUAAUAAGACCAACUGUCAAAUAUCUACUACCACCAUUACCGAAAUCUCAAUCAGAAAAGUCAUCUCAACUUUCAACAACAAUGAAUGGUGACGUCACUUCCGUCAUUGAUCAGUUAUCAUCAAGAAAACAACAGUGAUACGAUAGCAUAAUAUAAUUGUAUUUAUUUCCUUACCGUGUUCAUUCAAAUAUGUUAAAUAUAUACAUAUAUGUGUACGUAUCUAUGUGAAUACGAAGAUCGAGAAAACAUGAAACUGUGACUUUAUUAUUGUUGACCUGUUGUGCCUUUCUUCUAUCAUGAGUAAAUUAAGAUGACAAAUAAAUAAUAAUGACUCGUUCAUAUUGUACGAUACUAUAUGAAUUUAUAUGUGUUAGUGUACUGUUCAUCCUAUUAUUUCUCUUCAAUUUACUCACUAAAUGGAUAGAUUGAGCACAUUUAUCUUUAAAUUGUUCAGCAAAGAUUUUUUAAAUAAUUAACAACAAUCCAUAUCAUUUUUAACAUUUCAAUUUUUAUUUUUCUUAUAUCCGACUAGAUUUUUUCCAUGUGUUUUUCAUUAAGACUAAUUGUCUAUAUUAUUAUAACUAUUGCUGUUAUUAUCAUUGUUAUCUGUUAAAUUUCUUUUUCCUUGAUGAGAUGGAUAUGAUUUACUUUGAAACAACUUGUAACAGACAAUGAAUAGCUUGAAUAAUCAAUCUAUACUGUGGCAGUACUUUUAAGUAUUUUUGCUUCUAUUAUUAUUAUUAUUAUUAUCUUUCUUUCUGCUAUAUAUUUUAGUUUUUAUCUAAGCCUACACUAUGUACUUCUACUUUUCUAUGUAUUUUAUCUUGUUAUUGGGAAUCAUCAAAUUGUUAAUUAGUGUUUUCCUCAAUUCCUUGUCAUUUUAUUUCUUCCACUUUGUGUCUCUUUCUGUUAUUUUAUUUUUAUCAUUAGCAGAUCUACCUCUAAAUCUACACUUAUUCAUUUUUUUCUAUUGCAAUGUGAUAUUUUUUAAGAAAACAGUAUCUCUGGCUACCAGUACUAAUCAUAUAAAUCAACUUCACGAGUGUAUAGCAAAUUUUUAAUCGAGCGAUGCCUUAUAUAUAUAUAUAUAUAUAUAU